CCGAAGGAGAGGAGGGAGUGAACCAGAGGAAUCCCUCCAGGAGGAGAAGCUGGUCCCAUCUACCUUCUCUGGCUGCUCCCCAGCUGGCCUUUCCCUGGGAGCCUGAGUUCAGAAAACAGAAAGUAUUGAUUCUGAGGACCAAGACAUGGGCCCUGCUAGUAGUGCCUUCCUACUGUCCCUUCUACUGGGGUCUUGCCCAAGUUCUUCCCCCAAAAAGAAAGAUCUGCAAUCAGUGUGUGGACGACCUGUAUACUCAGGCCGUGUUGUGGGUGGCCAGGAUGCUGCUGCAGGGCACUGGCCUUGGCAAGUCAGCGUGCUCUUGGGCCAGAACCAUGUCUGUGGAGGGUCUCUCAUCAGUGACAGGUGGAUACUGACAGCAGCACACUGCUUAAAAAAGAACUGGAUUCCUUUGUUGUAUACUGUGCAGCUGGGAUCGAUUCAGAUAGACCAACCAAGUCAAAGUGUGAAGCAUCGUGUGUUCAAAACUAUUAUCCAUCCCCAAAUUCAACAUACAACUGCAGACAUCGCCUUGUUGAAACUGGUCUCUAGAGUCACCUUUACCUCUUUCAUCCUGCCCAUCUGCUUGCCCCGGAUCACAAAGCAGUUGAAAAUUCCAGCCUCUUGCUGGGUGACUGGAUGGGGAAAGGUUAAAGAAGGUGAAGAUACUGAUUACCCCUCCAUCCUCCAGGAAGCAGAAAUAUCCGUCUUUGACCGCCAGACCUGUGAACAACUCUACAACCCAAUCAGCUCCAUGCUGCCAGAAUUGGAACCAGUCAUCCAAGACGACGAGAUAUGUGCUGGUGAUACAGCUAAAAUGAAGGAUACUUGCAAGGGUGAUUCUGGAGGACCUCUGUCAUGUCAUAUUAACGGUGUAUGGACCCAGUUAGGACUAGUAAGCCGGGGAAUAGGCUGUGCUGAAUCUCUCCCUGGAGUCUACACCAGCGUGAUCUACUAUCAAAAAUGGAUUAAGACUACUAUCUCAAGAGCUGAGGUCUUGGGUGCCAAUAAUUUGGACUUAUCUGACUUCCUGUACCUUACUAUACUGCUCUCUCUGGCUCUCCUGGGACCCUUCUGUGCCUUUGGGCCUAACAUUUUAAGGAGAGUAAGCAGUAUAGCUAAAGCCACUGGCCAAGUACAGGGUCAAGGUGGGAAUACAUAAAGAUUAAGCCCCAGGAGCAGAGAACUCACAGGAGAGUCACUAGGAACCCUGGAUUACUUCAUUAAAAUAAUUUUGAUUUUGGUUUUGAGGUUCUUUAUUCUGAAAGUAUGUUUUAGGGGUUGGAAUUUGAGUAGCUGACACGACAUUCUUUGUCCCUAUGAAUCUUACAAGGCAAGAAAGGUACCUUCUAUGAAUAAGUAAUUAUGGACACAAAUAAAAUGGCUACUAGAGAAGUGGGCAAGAAAAGAAGUAUCUGUGAAGGCAAAGGGAAAGUCCUCAAGAAAAUAUAUUAAGAGUUUACUUUGGGGGCCCCUGGGUGGCUC